GCGGCCGCCAUAUUGUGAGGCAGUAUUGUGAUUGGUAUGUAGAAGUGAGCAAAAAGAGCAAAGUGAAGGCAAGAAGAAGAAGAAGAAUAAAAAGAAGAAGAAGGGAGCUGUCAAAAAAGUCUCCCCGAGUCCGUGUAAAAGUGGAGGGCCGGAGCUCGCUAUCUCUCCUCCGAGGACACAUUAAGACCGGGCCUCGGCGCAACUUCGCCUGAGACUCGCUGGAGCCUCCUCGGCUUCUCGGCGUCUGCUGUGCACUCCGCGGCCCUGCGGAGGUCCUGCGGCGGUGUGGCGGUGAAGUGUGGCCGGGGAGCGGCAGCACAAUGCUGAAGAUGAAGGCGGUCUGCUGCCACAAGUAAAGCUGCAGUGUAGAACCAACAGUCCUGACCUGGCAACAUACGAAUGGCCCAGGGAAGCCACAAGAUUGACAUUCAGGUUUUGCAUCACCUGCGCCAGAAGUUCCCUGAAGUCCCAGAGGGUGUUGUGUCCCAAUGUGUUCUGCAGAAUAACAACAACUUAGACGCGUGCUGUGAAUACUUGUCCCAGGUCAGUCCGGGCUACCUGUACAGUGAAGAAGGAAACCUCAGCUUUACUGAAGACCCCAGCUUGAGCAGGCUUGGCAAUCACAUGACCCAGCUGAACCUGGGCCUGCAGUCUCACAAUGUGCAUGUGGCCCCGCUGCGGGACGGCCUGAGAAUGAACGGCAGCCGGACUCUGGCCCACAGCCUGAGCGACGGGCCUCUGCAGACCAGCCAGGCCCCGAACACUGACUUUUUUCAGCAGGAGCCCCAGUCUGCUCCGGCGGAGGGGCCCAACAGUCUCAAUGUGUUUACCGCAAUGGAGCCCUCGCGAAAACCCCAGCCUCCGAAGCACCUGGGACUCUACCCUCUGGGGGUGAAAGGAAUGAGUGUGGGUUCCCAACAGACCGCACGCUUCAACCCCAUCACAGUGACACUAGCUCCGCACAUUCAGACCGGCCGCAACACUCCUACUUCUCUACACAUACAUGGCGGGCCACAGUCGGGUCUGAGCAGUCCACAGGGUAACUCCAUCUACAUCCGGCCCUAUUUGAGCCAGUGUGGUACGAUACGACAGCAGCAGGGAAACCGGACCCAGUACAGUCCUACUUCUCAGCCUCAACAGCAGAUCUAUCAGAUCUCGCAUCCCUCGUCGUUGUCCGGCUCAUGGUCCGGCCUUCAGCAGGCCCCACAUACCUCACAGCACCACACCCAGGGCCACCAGACAUCUCAUGUCUACAUGCCAAUCAGCUCUCCCACUAACUCCCAGGCACCCUCCGUCUUUCCUUCUGGCGUCGCCUCCUCAUGUUCGUCUUCUUCCUCGUCCUCCGUCAUGCCCGCUUCGCUCUCGGCCGUCAGCCAGUACAACAUCCAAAACAUCUCCACCGGCCCGCGGAAAAAUCAGAUCGAGAUCAAACUUGAAUCUCCUCAAAGGAGCAACUCCAACACGACCACCGCCGUGCUGCGAACCGGCGGCGGCUCGCGCUCUUCCUCCACCUCGUCCUCUUGUCCUUCCUCCUCGUCCGCGACCGGAGUGUCCACCGUCCCCAGCACUCCUCUCUCCAUCGGAGGCUCGGGUCUGAGCCGUAGCCAGCCCACUGUUUACAUUUCUGCCAGCCCGCCUGCUGCCGCCACCACGCCUUCUGAGGAGGCCUCAGCCGGAGCCCGCUCGCAACCCAAGUUUUACAUUUCAGCCAAUCCCUCUGGUGACGACAGUGGGGGGAGGAACCCUCCUACAGUCUACAUCUCAGCUAACCCUCCUUUGCAGGGGGGGCCAGGUGCCAGGAACAUUGGGGGCCAGGUGAGCAUGGGGCCCGCCUACAUCCAUCACCAUCCACCCAAGUCCCGGACCUCUGUAGGAGGGGGAGGCACGGCUUGUUCCCCACGCGUGGUGGUGACUCAACCCAACACCAAAUACACUUUCAAAAUCACUGUGUCCCCCAAUAAACCCCCGGCAGUGUCCCCCGGGGUGGUCUCGCCUACGUUCGAGCCCAACAACCUGCUCAGCUUACCCUCAGACCAUCACUUUGCAGAGCCAGACCCCCUCCAUCUCUCAGACCCACUGUUGCCACACAAGGAGAGACCGAGUGAGCCUCGAAGACUCAGCAUGGGCUCUGAUGAUGCGGCAUACACACAAGCAUUGUUGGGCCAUCAGAAGGCCCGCAUGGAGAGGCUUUGGCAUGAGCUGGAGCUGAAGAAGAAGAAGCUGGAGAAGCUAAAAGAAGAGGUCAGUGAGCUGGAGAAUGACCUGACCAGGAGACGGCUGGAGAGAUCCAAUUCUGCCUCCCAAAUCCCUUCGAUUGAAGAGAUGAAGCAGUUGCGAUGCAAAAACCGGUUGCUACAGAUCGACAUCGACUGCCUCACCAAAGAGAUUGAUCUCUUCCAAAAAAGAGAGCCAGACAGUGUGAGUGUGAAAGCCAUGGCGGACCAGGAGGAAGAUGAGGGCACGCAGUGGAGCUGCACCGCCUGCACCUUCCUCAACCACCCGGCCCUCAACCGCUGUGAACAGUGCGAGUUCCCACGCAACUUCUGAGCCAGAGAGGCCACCCCCCCCCCCCCCCGCGCUCUUUGGCCUGCAGCGUGGGGAAGAAAAGUGCCUCUUCCUGACGAGGUGUCAUCAUCUUUCCUCCUCUUUCACCCUCUGAAUGCUGUCCUCCUGAAGGUUUGACUGGAUCCUGUUUACAGCGUCUUUCUUCCUCACAGUCCAAUGAUACCUCACCUUGGAGACUCCCCUUCCCUCUUCUUGUUUGGGUGGGGGGAUACAGUACCUGGCUGCUCUCCUACAGUAUUAUGGGUGUUGCUCAACUUCUGCUGUGUCUCAAAUGGAACACUUGCAUCAGUCCCCUCGCUGAGUGUCACAGUAUUUAUUUACCCUCAGCCGCCUUUAUUACAACUUAGUCCCUCCUAGUGAUGCGUCAAUGAUGUAUAUGUAUGUGUAUAUGUAUGUAUAUAUGUAUAUAUACAUGUAUGUAUGUGUAUAUAUGUAUGUAUAUAUGUGUAUAUAUGUAUGUAUAUACAGUGUGUGUAUGUGUGUAUAUAUAUAUAUGUACAGUGUAUAUGUAUGUAUAUGUAUUUAUAUAUGUAUAUUAGGGCUGCAACAACUAAUCGAUUAAAUCGAUUAAAAUCGAUUAUAAAAAUAGUUGCCGAUUAAUUUAGUCAUCGAUUCGUUGGAUCUAUGCUAUGCGCAUGUGC